GUCGAUCAUGGAGGACGAGACGUAUAUGGACGAGGCGACGUCGGGCGUCGUCAUGGCGGUCAACAUCCGCCACAAGAAGACGCAGAACGAGGUCGGCGUCGCCGUGCGCCGGCCCCGCGCCCGCAACUCGUGCGUCCGCAACGCUGACGGCGAGGACAAGAACCAGUGGGAGCUUGUCCUGUACGCGUUCACGGACUGUAACCAGCUCUCAACGCUCGACAACCUUCUCGUGCAGGUGAGCCCGACCGAGUGUAUCGUCUCGGACACGACCAACGACACCGAGGCCAAGCCGCUGCGCCUGCUGCUACAGGCCCACUCGAUCGAGCGCGUCGUCGCACCCAAGGCCCGCUUCAAGCACGUGGCGUCAGUCAUGGAAACCCACCUCUGUCGCUUGCUGGGCGUCUCGUCCGUUCUGGCUUCGCACCGCCAUGAGCUCGAGAUGGACCUUGCGAUGGGCGCGCUUGCCUGCGUGCUCGAGUCGCUCUCGGUUCUCACGGACGCCGAUGGGUUUGGCACGUACUCGCUCUCGAUUGGCGACAUGGACUCGUUCUUGCAGCUCGACCGCGCCGCCUUGACAGCGCUUAAUCUGCUGCCUGACCCGCUUCUCGCGGGCAACACGACCAUCUCGAACGGCAGCAUCCUCGAGCUUCUCAACCGCGGCAAGACCGCGAUGGGGAAACGCCUCCUCGAGCGCUGGAUCCGCAUGCCCCUCGUUGACGCCGACCAGAUCGCUGCGCGCCAAGACGUGGUCGAGCUCUUUGUCGACGAGUCGAGCUUGCGCAUGGAACUCCUCGACGAGUGUAUGAAGUCGAUGCCGGACCUCGAGAAGCUCGCGCUCGCGCUCGACAAGCAGAAAAAUGUCAAGCUCGACGCCCUCGUCGCGGUCUACGACGCCGCCAAGUACGUUUUUCCACGUGUGCUUGCGGCCAUCCGCCCGCACGACCGCCUCCAAGCGUCGUUCACGACGCCGCUCGCCAAGGUCGUCGACGACUGCGCCGGGUACAUCUCGCUCAUCGAGGAGCUCGUCGACUUGAACGCGCGGCCGCACGUGACCGUGAACGCCAAGCACGACCCGGCGCUCAUGGAGCUCAAGCGCAGCAUGCAAGAGACCGAAGCCGAGAUCCAAGACGAGCACGAGCGCGCCCGCGACGACAUUGGCGGCGACAUCAAGUGCGAGAAGGACAAGGUCCGCGGCUUCGUCUUCCGCAUCAUCGACAAGAAGCAGGAGGAGCGCGUGUCCAAAGUCCCCGGCGUCCACAUCUGCCAAGUGCUCACCAACGGCUUUUACUUUGUCACGCCGACGCUCAAGGCGCUCGCGAAAGACCACAUGGGCUUUGUAAAGGAGUACGAGGUGCGCCAAGCCCACAUUCUGUCGGCGGCCAUCGAGGUCGCGGCCACGUACGUGCCGGUCGUCGAGUCGGCCGCGAAGCUCGUCGCCGCCCUCGACGUCCUCCUCGGGUUUGCCCACGUGGCGUCCCACGCGAGCUACUGCCGCCCGGUCCUUGGGACGUCGGCGGUGGCGCUCCAGCACGCGCGGCACCCGUGCGUCGAGCUCCAGGACGGCGUCGAGUUCAUUCCCAACAACAUUGAAAUGGACGCCAAGAGCUCGCGCUUCCAGUUGCUCACGGGGCCCAACAUGGGCGGCAAGUCGACGUACAUUCGGUCGCUCGGUGCGAUUGCCGUCAUGGCGCAGAUUGGCAGCUUUGUGCCGGCCUCCUCGGCCAUGCUGCCGAUCAUGGACCGCCUCCUCGUGCGCGUGGGCGCCGGCGACAUGCAGCAGCGCGGCGUCUCGACGUUCAUGCUCGAGAUGCUCGAGGCGUCCGUCAUCUGCAAGAAGGCGACCGCCAAGUCGCUCGUCAUCAUCGACGAGCUCGGCCGCGGCACGUCGACGUACGAUGGCUUUGGCCUCGCGUGGGCGAUCUCCGAGCACCUGCUCGCGCGCGGCUGCUGGUGCGUCUUUGCGACGCACUUUCACGAGCUCACGGCGCUCGCGACGGGGCAGACGCACGCCGGCAUCGUCAACAAGCACGUGACGGCCGUGACGACGAGCGACGCGAUCGCGAUGGUCUACGAGGUCCGCGACGGUCCGUGCCUCGAGAGCUUUGGGAUUUACGUGGCCGAAAUGGCGGGCUUUCCAAAGGACGUGGUCGCGCACGCCAAGCGCAAGGCGAAGGAGCUCGAGCACUUUGAGAUGCCCAACCCGCGCAAGAAGAAGACGCGGGCCGACCCGGUCGGGUUUCGCGCCGCCUUUGCAUCGUUGCCGCUGAGCACGAUGAGCGACGCUGACGUCGUGGCGGCCGUCAACCAGCUCCUUGACGCGUAGACUCACAAAUACACCAUGUUGUGUGAAGCGAGGGAGCGGCCAGCAUGAGAGCGCAAGAGAGGAGGACGACGACGAAGAAGAAAGCAC